UAAAGAUUUCAAAUAAUAUUUUUUUUAUCAUUGCUACAAUAAACAUUUUUCAUAUAUUCAUUAAAAUUCUAAACAAGAAAAUGACUGAGACCGAUGCAACGAAGAGACCUCUUGAAAUGCCGGAAACAUUUUUGCCCUUCCUUGAAAAGUACCGAAUCUAUAAAUUAUUUAAAGACAUGCUACGAGACUUAGUAAUAAAUUUACCGAAGGACCAUCUAAAGCACAUGAAGAUAUUUCUUGGUCAACACUUGCACUACAGCCAGGACAUAGACAGAGUUAUCCUUCUUGUUUCUCCAGAACUGCAAAUUGAUAAAAAACGAUUAGUUCGAGACUUGAUCAAAGCUAUUGGCUUUAUUGUGAUCACUCGACGAUGCAUUAUGGAUCGAUAUGAGAAGCAUGAUAGCUACGUGCCGGGGUGUAUCCCUCCGGAAAUAAUGUCAGAGGUUACCAAAAUGCUAACUCUCAAGGAUCCCGUGCCUCUAACGGGUUGGCUUAUGUUUGAUCACCCGUGCUCGGUCCGCGAGGCUCGCUGCCUGCAGCAAGACGGGGUGCUGCCCACCGUGACGCUGCUGCUGACCCGGCCCCCUGCAGCCGCGCCUCCUGUACACGACCCUCGGACUCCCGCGCGCUCCUUCUUCCAGCAGGACAUAGAGGGCCUCAAGUUUGUUUAUAAAUCUACUCUGAAGGAAGUAUACAUCGAAUCCGAAGACGAUCACGAGAAAAUAUCAGCUAAGUGUUGCAACGCUAUACGAGCCUGCGCGGCUGGGGCCCAAGGACCAGGUCAGGGGCUCCAAGCGGUAGGAGCCCCGGGGGUGUACCGCGUGAUACUGAUAGGGCCGCGGAGUUCUGGCAGGCGCACUCAAGGCAAAAUGGCAGCUAAACAUUUUGGUCUUGUUUACCUGCAUUUCAACGAUUUGUACAACGAAGCAAAAGCCAGGAAGGACGAUGUUGGCCACAAGAUCCGUAAUGUCGGAGUCAGCGUGCAGCUUCGAGCCGAGAUUGUGCGUCGUCGCAUAUUGCAAAAGGACUGCAUCGAGCGCGGUUGGGUCUUGAUCGGAUACCCAGCUACCGGCACUGAUUUUGAACUCCUCGACUUGAUGCACACACCUCCGAACCGAAUAAUAUUCCUGAAUGUAACCCGGAAGGUGUGCAAAGAGCGAGCCACGAUCCGCGGGGUCGACUGGUGCACAGGUCAAGAAAUGCCGCUGGGUAGCACGCCAAGAGUGAUGCCGCGCGCUGAGGAUCUGGCACCACUGGAUGCCGAGCUGGAGACUUACUUCACCGAGUCGCUUGCUGAGCUGAGAGCUGCCGCCGGCAUCACAGCAGUGGAGAUCGAUGGUAACUUACCUAAUGAUCAAGUUUUCGUCAAAGUGCAAGCAGCUAUAAUGGCAGCGCCCGCCUACAACAUAGAGAGUUGCUUCCAACUGAGGAAUGUGCGCGGGGAUUAAGAGAAAAAAAAACUGGACUAUUUAGAAAGCCUAAGGAAUAAAAAACAUUCAUUUUGCCUUGUUAAUGUGUUGCUUAUUGAUAUUGCUAGAUUUAAUCUGCUUAGAGUAAAAAUAAAAGGAAAACA